GUAUUCUGUCAUGUCCUCUUGUGUCCUGCAGGUUCCUGCUGCUGCGGUCGGCUGCGUCCGUCACGACCCGGUCGUUUUGUUCGGGGGGCGUGUCCAAGCCGGGCCGGGCGCCGGACAUGGCUGAAGGAAAUCCACUUUUACACGUGUCUAAUGUACGAAACAGGCUGAGAGAAAUCGUGGGAGCUUCCACUAACUGGAGCGACCACCAGCAGGCCAUGUCGGAGCGCGUGUCGCUGUCGUCCAUGUUGGCGAAGUCUCAAAGCGACCUUCCAGCCAAGAGGAUGAAGGACAGCUACCUGGAGGUGCACCUGCCUCUGGGCUCCGAACCACAGCUCAGAGAGAAGUACCUGACCUUCCACAACACUGUCAGGUUUGGUAGAAUCCUGGAGGACUUGGACAGUUUAGCAGUCCUCAUCUCCUACUCUCACACCUAUAAUGUGGCGCUGAAGAGGUCUCCUCUGUCCAUCGUCACUGCCCUGGUGGAUAAGAUCGACAUGAGACAGCACAUCAUCUACCCUGACUGCGACAUCAAGUUCACUGGUCAUGUGACGUGGGUGGGAAAGACCUCUAUCGAAGCCAAGAUGCACAUGUCACAGUUCCACAAUGGAGCUUAUUCUCCGGUUCUGGAUGCAACAUUUGUCAUGGUGGCCCGGGAUCCAGAAAACAAGAGGGCAGCUUAUGUAAAUCCUCUGAAGCCAGAAGGUCCAGAGGAGGAGAAGCUUUUCCAGGAAGGAGAAGCUAAUAAGAUCCGGCGUGUGGACCUGAGCACUGCGUCGCUGCUGAAGGCGGCGCCCACGGACGAGGAGAGGAAGAUCGUUCACAGUCUGUUCCUCAACACGCUGGACACAAAGACGGUCAGUUUCCGCAGCAGACUUCUGCCUCCAAGCUCUGUGUGGAUGGAAGACGCCAAACUGAAAGGGCUGGAGAUCUGCCACCCUCAGGAGAGGAACAUCUUCAACAGGAUAUUUGGAGGUUUUCUGAUGAGGAAAGCCUACGAGUUGGGCUGGGCCAACGCCUGCUCCUACGGAGGAGGUCGACCCAGUCUGGUGGCCGUCGAUGAUAUCCUAUUCCAGAAACCCGUGGAGAUCGGCUCCCUGCUGCUGCUCUCCUCUCAGGUGUGCUACACACAGGGGAAGAACAUCCAGGUCAGAGUUCACAGCGAGGUGUUCGACCCGUUGACCCGUCAGCACAACACCACCAACGUCUUCCACUUCACCUUCGUGUCUGACCGCGACGUCCCCAACAUCAUCCCCAUGACUUAUGGAGAGUCGAUGCUGUAUCUGGACGGGAAGAGACACUUUAAUCAGACUGUGGAGUAGUGAAAGCAGCAUGACACGCCAAAGCCUUUCAGCACUUGUGUGUGUGAGUGUGUGUGUGUGUGUGUGUGUGUGUGUGAGAGAGAGAGAGAGAGAGAGAGAGAGAGAGAGAGAGACUGACUGACUGAGUGUGUACGUGUGUGUGUGUGUACGUGUGUGUGUGAGGUCAGCUGGGAGGAAUGAAUGCUCUUCGGGUUACAGUAUACAUUAUUUUUCUUUUGCAUCACGCCUUGUUAAAGUAACAACCUGUUACUGUAAAUGUUCUGGUGGGUUUAACUCUUCAGUGCAGAGAGGAACACUACAGUAGAACACAGACUGUUUUGUUUAUUGUUUCAUUUAUACUUUACAGCUCAACGGUCAUAAGAUUUGUCAGAACCUCAUUUAUUCCUGAUCCGCAUUGUUUUACAUUAUGUUACUCUUUUAUAUUCCGCUGCUGCUUGAAGGCACAAAACUCUGUCUUCAGUUUAUAUAUUGUGUUGAAUGGGAAGCUUCAUUCUCAAUGUGUCACAGAGAAGGAGGUGGGCGCCAUUUCUCUGUCCUUCUGUUGUAUAUUUACUCAAAUGCAAUAAAUAAAUUCCUAUUUAUCUUCACUCCACCGUUGUCCUCGUGUCUUUGCUUUCAAUUAGUUUAACUUAAUUUUGUCACUUUUGACUC